AACACACGAGAUACACCAUGAAUGUACCGAAAGGCCGACGGGACCCAGCGGCUGGCACGCUGGCCGAGCCGCGGUCCUCAGUUUGCCUCAGUUUGCUCUCGAGGCUGAGAUAGAAAGGUUGGAUUCUGCUCCGGGAAUCGCCCACCACUUCAUUCAGGAUGCUGGCCGGCGGGACGUCCGAGCUGAAGCCUUACUGCGAGGAGGUGCAGCAGCUCCUGCGAGCCGUCAAGAGUGAGUUGGAAGAGAAAAUGGAGAGAAAGCUGGACAAGUUCCUGCUGGUGUCCUACAAGACGCAAGUGGUCGCAGGGAUGAACUACUUCGCCAAGAUUGACAUCGGAGGGGAGGAGCUAGUGCAUUUGCGUGUGUACAGGAAUCUGCAAGGAGAAGUGUCGCUGCAUUCCCACCAGCAUCCGAAAACCCGCGAGGAAGACAUCCAGUACUUUUGAGUUCUGGAGCAUUUGUUGGUGUUUGGGGCUGCGGCAAAUCGGGAUAUUCCUUCAGGUCAUCAGGGCAGUCACCGACAAGGGGGAGUCGUUGCUUUUGUGAUGACUGCACAGUGAUAGGAAAACUGUAUUAUUGUUCCUCUGUUUACAUUUGUAAUCUUUAGCUUUCAACAUUAAAUGAGCUGGCAUUAAUAGAAAAAAAUAAAACAAGUUUGCUAUACAGCAAGUUUUAUUAUGUAUUGGAAAUGAUACUUGUUAAACAUAGUGAUUGAUAUUUUAUGAUGUGAUAUAUUGCAACCUUCACUGUAAGAACACUCGAUAAACCGCACAUGAAA